UUUCAGAGAAACAAGUAUGUUUUUUAGGAUGUGUAAUUUAGAAUAAACUUCAUAUAACAUUGAUUUAUUUAUUUGAAGUUGAUGGAAUAAGUAUUAAUUUUUAAUAAAUUGUGUGUUAUGUAAACAAUAACAAAUUUAUUAUUACAAAAUGUGUGAAAAAACCAUAACUUCAGCACAUAUGAAACUGAAAAACAGUCCAACAGUAAACAAACCGUUUCGUUCAUUAUUUAACACUUCUGAUGUGAGUCCCAAACGUAAAUCUAAUGUUAAAAAUUUAGAACAAGUAAACAUUAAAUCACAAGUUAGGGAAAAUAUUAAACGAAAAUUGUCUCAAGAAUCAAUUGCUAUGAAAAAGAUACGAUUUGAUCUCGAAAAUGAUAUAGAAAACGUCAGAAUUGAUGAGAGUAUGAAUGUAUUUUCAAAUGAUUUAGAAGAAUUAGAAAAGAGAAUAUUAAAGAAACAGAAAGAAAUCGAGAUUUUGAGAAACGAAAUUUCAUAUUGUAAAAAGAACAAUUCUGAUGAUUUGGAAGCUGAUAUUAAAAGGUGGAGACAUGCUUGCCAAGAUGCUCUGGAAAGAUUGCAGAAAGAUUUAGAAAAUAAACGAGGACAGGUAAUGUCUAUGGAAGAAAUAUUAUCAUCAUUGGGUAUACCUAAAUCUUUAGUAUAUUAUUCUACCGAGAAUGACACAUUUAUUAAGUAAUGAAAUAUCUCAUAUUUUUGGUUAUCUUUCUAAUUUGAUAGUACCUUAUAUACAACAUGAAAAUUACUAAUUUGUUCUUAACAAAAUCUAAAGAAUAUAUCCAUAAUUUUACAUUAAUAUUUAUGUGGUCUCAAUGGACGAUUGGGAUCGAAUAAUGGUGGGUCAUUUACAUAUUUUGGAUCUUUUGUAAAAUGUCCCAUUAAACCUUAAAAAAUA